AUGGAAAAGGAAAAGUCUCCAAGCUUUAAAAACGGAGGCGAUGAUGAGACCCCUAAGUGUUCCAAUGGAAAAGACCCGCCUGCACCCGAUAAACCACAGAAUAAUAAUGGAACUGAAGGGAAAGGAGGGGGAGCUGAAGCUACUCCUCAAAUCAAAUACACCAUGGAAAAUGCUUGGGAGGAUAUUGAACAUUCCUUGGUGGAGCUGGAGGGUGAUGCAGAUUCAGAGAUUCCUGACUCCAUUAACGACUACUUGGAUCUUGUUGAAGAGAAAGCAUCUAAGCAUGAAUUGCCUGAAAAGUCCAAAGGGUGCCCGCUUGACGAUGAUGGGUCGUUUCUUAAAGUUGCACACCAGAUGUCUAAGCUGUAUAAACAUCUUUCGGAAAUCUUCAAAUUGGAUUCUAGGCAGGGUAUUUUGAUCAAUCGCAUUGGAAGGAUUCAUCAACAGGUUAUGUGUUGUUUGGAGGAUGAAUUCAGGACUCUCUUAGAAGAAUCAAGGAUCGUGGAACCUGACGUUAAUCAUGAACCAGCUGGGGAUGGUGAGGCUCAGGAUCAAGCUCCUCGAUCAAAUGAGGUAUUAUCAAACUUUCCAGGGUAUUCUCAGGAAGCUUUGGCCACCUUGAAUAAAAUUGCCAUGGAGAUGAUCUCAGGUGGAUAUGAAUUCGAAUGCUACGAGGCUUAUAUUAUGACCAGGAGGAAUGCAAUUGAGGAGAUUUUGAACAAGCUUGGAUUCGAGAAGAUUAGUAUUGAUGACGUACAAAAGAUGCAAUGGGAUGCAUUGCAAAGGGAGAUCCCUCCAUGGAUAAAUGCCUUCAAAGCAUGUGCUAAUGUCUACUUCUCCGGGGAACGGAAGCUCGCCGAAACUGUCUUCUCCGACGAUCCUUCUGUAGCUAAAAGCCUCUUCAACAGCCUCACUCGUGUCCUGUUUCUUCAACUCCUUAACUUCGCCGAAGCCGUUUCCGUCAGCAAGCGUUCCACGGAGAAACUUUUCAAGUUUCUCGACAUCUACGAGGCAUUGCGUGAUAAUUUUUCCACGAUUGACAAUCUGUUUCCUGAAGAAUGCGCAAACGAGUUGAAGGAACAACUAACGACGACUCGUAGUAGGAUCGGUGAGACGGCCAUUUGCAUCUUUCGUGAUUUCAAGAAUUUGAUCCAAUCCGAUACAGGGAGAACCCAAGUUCCUGGAGGAGCAGUUCAUCCUUUGACUCGCUACACAAUGAAUUAUCUCAAAUAUGCCUGCGACGAAUACAGGGAUACCUUGGAACAUAUUUUCAAGGACCAUGAGGAGAUGGAAAGAGCCGAUUCAACGAGUCAAAGCAAUUCACAGAGCAACGACGACGAGAAUCGAUCCCCAUUUUCAAGCCAUUUGAUAAAAAUCAUGGACUCGUUGGAUUCGGUUCUGGAUGCAAAGUCGAAGCUUUACAAAGACGUUGCGUUGAGCAGCAUUUUCAUGAUGAACAAUGGACGUUACAUAUUGCAAAAGAUCAAAGCAUCGCCAGAGAUCCGUCAAGCAAUGGGGGACAACUGGUAUCGAAAAAAAUCGUUCGAGCUUCGGAACUACCAUCAGAGUUACAAAAGAGAGACAUGGAUGAAGCUCUUGGGUUGUUUAAACCUGGAGGGCUUGAACGUGAACGGGAAAGUGGUGAAGCCGGUGUUGAAAGAGAGGUUCAAGAGAUUUAACGCCAUGUUUGAAGAAAUCCACAAGACUCAAAGCUUGUGGGUGGUUUCCGAUAAGCAAAUGCAAUCGGAGCUGAGGGUUUCGAUAACGGGUGUGAUCAUACCAGCAUAUAGAUCAUUCUUGGGAAGAUUCUCAGGGUACUUGACUCCCGGAAGACAAACAGAGAAGUACAUCAAGUUCCAGCCUGAAGAUAUAGAGACGUACAUUGAGGAAUUGUUCGAUGGAAACACUGCUUCAACGGCAAGGAAGAGAACAUAAAUU